AUGGAUACAGACGACGAAAUGGAUAUGUCUGAUGAAACAGAAGAAUUAGAUGAGAAAUCAGAAAUAAGUAAUAGAUUUUGGGAAGCAGAUGAAAUAAUUAAACAACUAGCAAUAGCAACACAAAAAAAUUCAGAUAGCGUAUAUACAAGCCAGUUUAUUGAUGUUGAAGAAAUUUCUCAACGAUUUAGCGCAGAAGUUAAAUCGGGCAACAUUGCUG